GAUUACGAAAACUGUGGCAAAACUUUCUGCACUCAAAGCCGAUUGGAUUCACAUAUGAGGCGAAGACAUGCCGUCGAAGACAACACACAGUCCGGGGAACCGAUCGGCAGAUCAUCUCAUGUCAGACACCAGUCAUUGAGUGCAGCACUCGAUGACAGACAACAGAUACCAGUCAUCACUACUACUACUACUAGUCCUACAGUCCCGACAAUAACCACAACCACUACUUCCAGUGCCGACAGUCAAUGGCUGGACAUUAAGUACAAUAAUCUCAUCACAUCAUCCGAUGCCGGAGACCAGUCCUGGAGUAGAGCACCCGAUGACAGUCAACAGAUGCAAACAAUCACUACCACUGACCCAUCACUGGCGACAAUCAUCACAACAAUCACUUCCAGUCCCGACAGCCAAUCGCUAAACAAUAAACGCCAUAAUGAUUCGGACUCUGAUAUCGAACUCAUUGGUAGAGUUCCGGCGCCCAAACGGCCCGCACGUAACCGAUCGCCCGUUGAUAUCCAGCCUAUGAUAACGACUACCGCCCGUCGACUGGAGCCGUCAACUGUCCAUAAUACUUCGCUCACAACACGCGGCGUUAAAACAGAGAUAAUACUGGACUCGACGUCUGGCCAACACAGCUCUGCCGCCAACACUAACACUACGUACGGGUGUCUGGAGACCGGUUGCCGGCGACGGUUCGCCGACCGACCGCUUAUGUAUCAACACAUGCGUGCCGUCCACUCCAGCCAACGGUUCCCGGAGUGGACGGACGCCGUGUGCGGUCGACCGCCGGCCGGUCCUAAACCGUGUAAAUGCGGUCAAACAUUCGCCACCGAACGGGCCUUAUAUGAGCACCGGUUGGCUGCGGCCGGCGACGGCUCGGAAUCGCCCGAGCCCAUAAUGAUCGCACCAAGGUGUCUCACGUGCGACACCAGUUUCAUCACGGUGGCUUUAUUUAACGAUCACAUGCGUAUUGUUCACCCGCCGAGUCCUAUGACUCCACCCGACGGUUACUCUGACCGGUCAUCAGUGGCCUCAACGCCCGAACCGCUAGAGCCGGUCAGCCCUGAAGUUGAGAUAAUACUGGACUCAAGCGAUGCGAGUGAGCACUCGUGUGGCGGCACCGGCGGCGAGCCUACAGCGCGCGACACUACUACUAGUCGGGUGGCCGACGGGUCGUACGGCUGUCCUGUCAGUGGUUGCGGCCAAAUAUUUGCCGACCGAAUACCUAUGUAUCAACACAUGCGUGCCGUCCACUCGACCGAUCAGUUCGCCGGCUGGACGGCCAACAACUACGCGACCGACAUCUCGCCUGAGCCGAUCGAGAUUGCAGCAAGGUGCAUCGCUUGCAAAAUUGAUUUUGAGUCAGUGAAUGCAUUUAACGAUCACAAUCGGGCCAAACACCCGUACCAGUGGUCAGCCCUCGAC